CCACGCGGCAGGACGCGCCGUUCCCGCUCGGUGCAGCCGCUGCGAUGUCCAGCCCGGCUCCGGAGCCCGACAGCGGGGCCGAGUCCCUCUCCUCCGAUGAAAAAGAAUUGUCAAGAGAAGAGUUAAAUCCCUCUCCAACUCUCCCUCCCUGCCUUUCCCUUGCAGAGGUGACUCCCAAUGGCAUGGAGGGAUCGUCGGGAUCGGCCGAGGAGCAGCCCGAGGGAGAAGCCAGUUCUGAAGACAGCUCCAGCAGCAGCUCAGAAGAGGAGUCAGAUGAAGAACAGGAGGAGAAGGAAUCCCCACCUUACUGCAAUGAGUCAGGAGGGAGCUGCUUGCCACCCUGUGAGCACUGCAGGAAUGAAAAUGACCAGACGGAGCAAGUGACCCCCAGGAGACUUGCUGGAGGACAAUUCAUGAUGCAGCUGGAGGCUGAGGGCUCCUACCAGUGCAGCAGCACGGGGCUGAUCUUCGAGGUGACGGGCAGGGCCAGGAUCUCGUACUGCCUGCUGUCCUGGAGCAAGUUUGCCCGGCUGGUGCGGCCGCCCUGGAUCGUGGGCGGGCCCCUGUUCGACGUGCGCUGCUCGGCGCCCGGGGCGCUGCUCUCCAUCCAGUUCCCGCACUGCCUCUGCCUCGGCGGUCAGGGCUCUGGCGUGGCAUUCAAGGUGCUGCACAUCAAGGGCGGUGGCGCGGCCAUCGAGCCCUCGGCCGAGUUCUCGGCGUCGCACGUCAAGUGGGUGGUGAGCUCGCUGUCCCCCGUGGGGCCGCUGAUCCACAGCCAGGAGCCCCUGCAGUACCACGGCGCCGUCAUCCUCUACAAGGCCAUCGACGAGCACCCCUCCCUGUCCUUCUGGGUCUACCUGGCCACCAACAACGACUCCUUCAUCAAGGAUAUCUCCAAGGCUGUAAAACACUCGAAAAGGAAAUUUGUUCAGAUUGAAAAGCCCCCUGUAUGCCAAAAAUUACUGCAGGAAGGAAAGAAGUACAGACUGAUCUGUGAGCCAGAGGCUGAAAUAACUCCUGAGGAGAUUGAGUUUGUUGACGGGUCCCUGCUGAAGCUGAAGAGUUACUUUGAGGUGUAUUUGGAGAAGCCCGAUGACUUCACCUUGUCCCUGGUGGAGCAGGACUCGGAUGAGACCGUGUGGAAAGCCAGGCUGAGAGAGAGGGAUUGGAUCCACUACGACCAGAACAAGAACGAGCAGAAGAGGAGCACAGGCAGUGUGAAGAGGAGGAAGCCAGCCCUCAGCAUCCUGGAGGAAGAGGGGCUCCACAGCAAAAAGCAGAAAACGGGCGGCACUGCAGAUGAAAUGGGAGCAAAAAGCUUGACAGACAAGCAGCUGCUGGUGAUUGCCAAGCUGCUGGACCGGCACUGGAGGGAGAUGGCCAUCGAGUGCCUGCAGAUGGAGAUGAAGGACAUCGAUGACAUCCGCGCCUCGGAGGACGACGUGACCAUGCAGAAGCUGCUGCUGCUGAGGAAGUGGAGGGACAGGGAGCAGGGCCAGGGCACUGCAGAGGCUCUGCAGAGGAGCCUGGGGGAAAGAGCCACCUAUGAGAUCCUGCAGGCGCUGCAAGGUUUCCUGGCUCAGAGCUGAGCCAGCUGGGAGGAGGAGGAGGAAGAGGAGGAGGAGGAGGAGGAGGAGGAGGAGGGAGCUUCCCAACCCAACCAUUCUGCUCCCCUGGGAUCCUCAGGAAUGUUCCUGGUGGGAAAUCCAGGCAGGAUCCUCCAGAGAAACGUGAAUGGAGUUUGGUGUGGGCAGGAGCCACUUCCAAGGCUUUCAGGAGAGCUGGAUCCCAGAAUUCUGGGCUUCCCCCCCGGGCAAAGCCGCUCCAGGAGGACACAAACACUGGGAGAAGCCACUUGGUCUUUUCCAUCACCUGGAAAAGAUUUUUUAUUUCCUUCAGGGAAAAAACAGGGAGAAGAAUUCCCCUGGAACCUCUCACCCCUUUCCAAAGCCACUGAAGCGCCAGAAUCGUGAGGUGCGUUGGAUUUCUCAUGGAUCAGGGAAGAAUAAUCCGGAACUUGUACCAAAUUCCUUGGUGUAAUCACUGUAAAUACGGAAUUACUGUACAGAUCCUGUGCAUCCAGUCCUGGUUAAGCUGUGGUUCUGCUUCCUGAGAUUCCCAAAGGUGGGAACACCACUGUGAACUGCAGGCAGCUCGGAAUUUCCCCAUGGAAUUUCUUCUCCCCUCUUUUCUGUAUAGCUUGUCACCGUUUUUUUUUUACGUUUUGUAAUUCCUUUUUUGUAUGAGAAACUUUUUAUAAUUCUUUUUAAUUUUUUUUUACUUGAUUUGUUCGAACUUGGAUAGAAUUUAGGUUCUUAAAAAUGUGAGGAGCUGAAAUCCCUGUGCUGCAGGAUAGGAAGAAAAUUGGGAAAAAUGGAACUUGCAGAAGAGAGAAGUGACCAGAUCCAGGACUGUCUUGUUUUUAAGGCUGUGGGAGACUUGGGAUCAUCUUCCUCUGUGUAUGUUUGGGAAAGGAAAACAUACUUUUGAAAAAUAAGGAUUAAACAGGAAAAAUUUCCAUUA